CAUGAGCUACAGUCAGCCCUUUUGUGCAAAUAAUAGCAAUCAGGAAGAGACCAACUGUGGAGAAACAUAAAGGAAUCCAACUCAAAACUGACUUGAGCUUAUUUAAAACAAACAAACAAACAAAAAAAGUUUAUUUACACAAUCGUGCAGUAAUUGCUACACAGUACAGUAGUAUUCCAAGUGGCCUAUAAAGGCUCGCAGCUGCUAACUGCUACCUUGCCUGCUGGAAGAAGCAACAGUGUUACAUCCUGGUCAUCACUUUACUCAUCCUCAAUCUGGCACCAAGUCCAGGAUUGAGGCCUUAACCUUCAGGUGCUGCUGCCUAAUCCAGUUAGGAGCAGGCGGUCGCUGUGGAAAAUCUCUGCAGACUUGCAUCGCACUGUGGAUCUGAUCGACGGCAGCGGCAUGCAGGGACACCUGUAGACCCUCAGGAUGUUCAACUGGGUGGUGAAAGUGGUCCCCCAACCCCCUGAGGGUCCCCAGAAAGAGGAAGACAUCAAAAAACCUGCUAAGGAUCCCCCAAAAAGCAAAAUCAAAGAGGCCAAGUGUCCUCCACCAAAAAACACAGAAGAUGUUUCAGAUGACAGUCAAUCCCAGACUGGAGUUUUAGGUUGGCUGUCCAAUGGCUUUGCGAGCGCCCUGCCUCAGCCCGCCGGCUCCCCUCACCUGGACAGCAGGUCGGGGGGUGACGGUGAAAGGUCGGGAGUGAUGGGCUGGGUGACUCAGGGUCUGACCAAGGUGCUGCCUCAGCCCGACGACAAGUACCGAGAGACAGACAAUGGAAAUGAAGAGCACACAGAGGUGUAUGAUGUUGCUACAAUGCCAGAUUACGAUCCCCUCCCACACAUCCCAGUGGUGGAGAUGGUGUCAGAAGAUGAGAUGUCCGAGGAGGACGGUCUUUCUUUCCCUCCAAAGAGUGUGGUGACAUGGAUAAAGCAGAAGAUUCCUCAGCCCGUUUUCCUGCCUGCUGGUGCCGUGUCCAUUGACUCAAAACCCAAAAAGUCUUCCCGCUCCUCUCUGGACAAAAUUCUUUCUCCACCACCAGAAUCUCUCAGUGGAAUCUCACUGGACACUGAUAGCAAGUCCUCAGCUGUUGGCUGGUUCAUGUCAGGAAUUGGCUUGAAGAUUCCUCAGCCUGUUCUUCCCCAACCAAACGACGUUGAGGCUGCUGCUGAGGUUCUAAAGAAAGCAUCAACCAAACUCAACCCUGACAUGGUGUUGGAAGACGUGGAUUCAGACAAUGAGGGCCAGCGCACCACCUCCUUGCACCUCCACAAGUGUGCUGAGACAAACCAAGAACCGGAACCGUCUCAACCGACUUUGACUAAAAUACUUCAGGAGGACGCUGAGACUCAGACAGGGCGUUGGACACCAUUCAUUGAAAACAUCAAGAAGGAGGCUGAGGAUGUGGCUUUAGCCACCAUGGAGGAACGUCUGCUGCAGGAGCGCAUGGAGAUGACCCGCAUGGCGGAGGAAGUGGCGAGACAGACGGCUGAGAUGGCCAUUCGACAGCUGGCCAAUGAGAGCCAGUCAGUCAGGCUGUCCGUGGGGAGCCAAGAGCUGCUGGAGGAGCCUGACUUCGAACUGGCAGCUUUACAAGACGACAGAGAAGUCAAUCAUCAUGAUCAUGAUGACAGAGAAACAGAAGAAAGUCGUUUUGUGGAGGAGCAGGCAAACAAAUCUGAGGAACACACCGUCAUUGAAGAAGACAAACAAGAGCCCGAAGAGGAGCCCGAACCACCAGCAAUAUCCCCUUCCCCUCCACCGCUGAGACCUGAACCAGCAAAGGCUGCUGAGCCCCACCCUGAACGGCAAGCAGAGGACAAGACCCAGGAAGUGGUUUCCAAACCGGAGCCUGUGACCCAGCAGCCACAGAAGGCUGAGCAAGACAGUCAAGGUGCCAAGACUGGUGAAAAGGAGGAGGCGAGUGGGGACGAGUGUGGGGAUAGCUCUAGACUCAGCCUCCAUCCAGCCGUCAAUGUUGAGGACGUCGACUCGGACCGGGAGAAAUCCGGGGAGGGAAAAGGGGAGGAGCUCCUCACACCCCAGGACCCCAAACUAACGACUCUGACUGUCCCUGUGACCCCCACUGGAGGUCGGCAGAGCAAAGGAGAUAAAGAUGGAGGGACUCGUAGGACUGUCUGGACAACAACUAGGAGGCGGCAGUCUCAAAGUGAAGAUGACGAUGAGGAGGCAAGCAUCCCUGUUAGAGCCUGGCCCAGUCAGUCUAGCCUCCACAGCACAGAUGACCCCUUGCGAGAACGUCCUUCAUCGUCAGCCAGUCAGACGAGUGCGGUGGUCAGUGAUCGUCUUCAGGAGCUGGUGCGCAUGUUCAAAGAGAGGACGGAGAAGGCAAAGGAAAAACUCGUAGAUCCUGACAGCUCGGAUGAGGACAGCGUCAUCCCCUCAGCCCGUCCUCAAGCCUCAGCGCUGCAACCCACCCCCGCCCGUGCCUCUGAGCUGCUGGACAAGGACGACGAGGAGGAACUCCCUGGUCCAUCAGGAGGAAGAGGAGUGAGCGAGGCGGAGGAGGAGAAGUCUAGCCCAAAGGUGAAAUCCCAUCGAUGGAUACCAGCCUGUGUGCACUACCGCUUCCCUGCCAGCAUCGACCCUUUCACCAAUCUGAUGUACGUGUUGUGGAUGUUCUUGGUGUCUUUGGCGUGGAACUGGAACGUGUGGUUUAUCCCAGUCCGCUGGGCCUUCCCCUACCAGACUCCAGACAAUAUUUACUACUGGCUACUGACCGACUACCUCUGUGACCUCAUUUACAUCCUGGACAUCACCGUCUUCCAACCGCGCCUGCAGUUUGUCCGUGGUGGGGACAUAAUUUAUGACGAAAAAGAAAUGAGAAAGAAUUACAUGAAAACUAAACGUUUCAAGUUCGAUGUGGCCAGUCUUGUUCCACUGGAACUCUUCUAUUUCAAAACUGGCAUCAACCCUCUUCUACGCUUGCCGAGGUUACUAAAGAUCAACUCAUUUUUUGAAUUCAACGAGCGCUUGGAGGCCAUCUUGACCAAAGCCUACGUCUACAGGGUGAUCCGUACAACCACAUAUCUUCUCUACUGCCUCCACUGUAACGCCUGUCUCUACUACUGGGGCUCCGCCUACAACGGACUGGGCUCCACUAAAUGGGUGUACGACGGCAAAGGCAACAGUUACAUUCGCUGUUACUACUUUGCCGUGAAGACUCUCAUCACCAUUGGGGGGUUGCCAGAUCCCACCACCCUGUUUGAAAUUGUCUUCCAACUCAUCAACUACUUUGUGGGAGUCUUUGCCUUUUCUAUCAUGAUUGGUCAAAUGCGUGACGUUGUCGGUGCAGCCACAGCUAGUCAGACGUACUACCGCACCUGUAUGGACAACACCAUUAAAUACAUGUCUUCUUAUCGCAUCCCCAAAGAUGUCCAAAACCGAGUCAAAACCUGGUACAACUACACCUGGCAAUCACAAGGCAUGCUGGACGAACAGGAGCUGCUGACUCAGUUACCAGAUAAGAUGCGUCUGGACAUCGCCAUCGAUGUCAAUUACUCCAUUGUCAGCAAAGUCCCUCUCUUUCAGGGUUGUGACCAACAGAUGAUCUUUGACAUGCUAAAAAGCCUGCGCUCAGUUGUCUACCUGCCGGGGGAUUAUGUCUGCAAAAAGGGUGAAGUUGGUCGGGAGAUGUACAUCAUCAAAGCCGGGGAGGUCCAGGUGGUUGGAGGACCAGAUGGGAAAACAGUGUUUGUCACUCUGGGAGCCGGCUCAGUCUUUGGGGAGAUCAGUUUGCUUGCCGUGGGUGGGGGCAACAGGCGCACUGCAAAUGUGAUUGCUCAUGGCUUUGCUAAUCUCUUCAUCCUGGACAAGAAAGACCUGAAUGAAAUUCUGGUCCAUUACCCCGAAUCCAAGAAACUGCUGCGCAAGAAAGCAAGAAAGAUGCUCACCAAGGGGAAGAAACCUGAGCCCAAAGCAGACGCUCAAGAGCCUCCCCAUGUCCAGACAGCCCCCGUCAAGCCCGAGACUCCCAAACUGCUAAGAGCGGCCCUGGAGAUGACUGAGAAGUCCACUGGACUUAAAGGAGCCAUGGCCCAAGUCAGAGAGAAGACCAACAAGUCCAGUGUCUCCCUGCAGGCGUCCAUCUCCUCCCCCUUGCAUACUCCAUCUCCCGUCUACACGUCCGGCCCGGACAGGGACAUCUCCACGCCCUCGCCCACUUUGGCCAGCUCCACAACAUUCCUCUCCACCGUGGCAUGCUACAACGACAACUCUGAGAUGUCGCUCUCCGCGUCCCAGUGCUGCAGUGACACGGAGGACAUGCUGCCAGUAGAUGACAGACAGGAGGGAACGGGCGCAGAGAAGGAGGCGACCGAUCGAGGAAAGAAAGUGCGGCGAUAAAAAGACAACGUCUGGUAGGAAGUGAAGGACUUGCAUCAGAAAAGGAUCGUGUAAAAUUCACCACAUUAUUAACUGACUGCUGUUGACUAGCUGCUUCAAUUCAGGCUUUUAGUCUGAUCAACACAUUUCCUUAGCAACAAAACCUAACACAAUUUCUUUACACAACCAAUAACAUGUCUUGUUUUUGCUGUUGUUGAACAAUAAAUGUUUACAGUCUUUUUUUUUUGUAAAUUUAAACUUUGCCUUACAUUUACUUUGUGUUAAUGUCAAUAGCUUACACUGGUGAUGUGUUUUUUUUUAAAUCUAUCUAUGAAAAGAGUCCAUAUCAAGUAAAGUUGGAUUUAACAUAAACGUAAAAAUACCUCCACCAUAUACAGGCGGUCCUCGGGUUACGAAAGAGUUCCGUUCCUAGACUGUGAUGUAAGCCGACUUUUAGUGUGUGUUGGAACUUAUGCCUGGAUGGGGUAAUAAGAAGUCACUCGCACUGUGUAAAGAUGUAACUAAUAAGCGAUGUCCGCCUUCCUCGGUGUGUUGUAACUAGUCCCCGAAUGAGUCUUGUGUUUACAGACCAAAAUUACUUUUUUGAUUCAUUUACGGGAGCGAGUUUGUAAACACAAACAUCCUAAUGCGGAACGUCGUAAACCGAGGACCAUCCCUGGUAUAGAUGAUUUUAUUGUAAAUACACAAACCUUCCAAAUAAUGUUUAUCAUUUUGAAUGUGUGGGCCAGUGUAAGUAUGUGUGUGUAGGCUGGGUUAUCAUUCAUAUGUUGUAUGUGUAUCAUAAUGCUGUGCUCAUACUUGUAACUAAAGUAGCUGCUGUCCUCAUGACUUACUGUUAAUGUAUGGAUGGAAACAACAGCAAAGUUUUCCAGUCUUUCACAAUAAAUAUUUAAGGUGUAAUGCUCGCUUCUUUGCAAAGAAAUAUAGUCUGUUAUGAAUUUCAAGCUUAAUGAAGACCGACGGACAAGGUCAGAAGCUCAAGCCAAGCAAAUACUCUGUGCGGUGGAGUGAAAGCUUCUUAGUGAUGACAAGAGAGGAAUGUCUUUUCUGGAACUAAACGUUCACCUUUUUUAUUGAAAGCCAAAAGAUAGUGCUUCAACGUAACACUUCUGUGGUUUUAGCUUAGUCACUUACAUUCUGUUGAGUGCCCUUCACAAUAAGGUACAUCCGGUUUGCCAAAAUAGAAUACAUUAGUAAGACGUGUACCCAGUGGCGGAGCUACGGAGUGGCCGUGGCCACCCUUGGGCACUCUCCUGUCACCCCCACAGCCGGGGGACCAUCAUGACAAACGCGGCAUUUCACUGCAGCACACAACUUUCUGUGUGGAGUAGCUGUCAAUAGACCGCUCCUUGCAUGAACUGCAAGGUUAGGUAAGUUUUCCAUGAUUACUUUGGUCGGUUCCGGUCAAGUUUUCUCACAGUGUUGACUUGGACUUAAAUUCUGAAGCGUGAUUCAGCACAUAAAGCUGUUAAUAUCGGAAGCUCUCUGUAGCAGAGUGGACAUGGACAUGUAAAGAGUCUAGCGUUAAAAUAGGAGUGCCGAUGGCAACCAUUUCCGUAUUAUGCCCUGCGCAGGUUUGGCCGGCAUGAUGGGGAGCAGAAUCCAGAAACUUUGCAUUGAAAACAUGUCCUUUGCACCCCACUCAGCUAUUAAUUGCUCUAACAGACGCUCCAAAAGCAGUGGUGGAGCUACGGGGUGGCUCUAUGGCCAGGUAUCAACUUCUUGCCACCCCUUUGUGAGUAAUGGUCUCACCUUGGCCACUCCAAUGAAAAAUUACUGGUACCGCCACUGUUGAGAGCCUGCUCCUUUAGCAAGCUGGUACAGGGCGAAAGGACACAAUGACCACAGCGCCCGGUGAUGUAUCGAAACAAUAACUACAACUAAAGGCCCAUUUAAAGUAGGGCACAGGUGAUAUUACUUACACGGUUACUGUGGAACUAAAGAAACCAUCGUUUAAUAAAAUCUUCCAGAAAAAUAAAUCCUCCCUUUGACUGUUUUUGUUCAAUACUUUAGGCCAGAUAAUAUAUCAUCAUUACCAUUACGAUGGAAUUAGAUAACGGGCAGUCACUGCAUGGCUGUCAAACCUUGCAUUUAUAAAGACAUCCCUCAUGCACUUAAUUAGGUUAGGGUUGUGUACACUUAAAAAUGUUUCAUUUCCCGUACGAACCCACAUUGCGAGGGAAAAUCCAGGUGUAGGGGAAACUUUGUUUCCAAGAAGUGAAAUGUACGAAGUUCAUGAGCUAGUGUGUGGUUGGCAACGUGGUUGGUUGGUUUCGUCUUUGGUUUAAGGCGUCCUACAUACUAACAACUGUUGGUCCCAAGAAAUGUCAGAGUACAUUUCCAGAAUGACUUAUAACCACAUAAGUAAAGGUAAAAGUUCAUCAUCUGAAAAAUAGCAAGCCAGCGU